CCGCACUUAGCGCAAGCGGCAGUUGUACGACAACCAGUGGCGAAACAGCAUCUCCAUCCAGCAACAAUAGGCGCAGCAUCAGUCACGUACAAGCAAAGCGAUAAGAAUGUGGGCACAUCUUGAGUUUCAGCGUGGACGUCAGCGCGGUGGGAUUUUCUUAUCAGCGCUGCUGCUGCUGCUGCUUUUGAUGACACUGAGUGAUGCAACGCCACGACCGUCACCAGCUGGACAGCCAACCAGUUUCGAACAGCUGUUCUCAAUGGAUCCAAAUAAUGCGACUUUUACACCACUCUGCGAUGAUGCGCUACUGGGGAAUGUGGCGAAACAAGUAACANGUGGACAGCCAACCAGUUUCGAACAGCUGUUCUCAAUGGAUCCAAAUAAUGCGACUUUUACACCACUCUGCGAUGAUGCGCUACUGGGGAAUGUGGCGAAACAAGUAACGCAGCUCAAGGUUUCAAGUGAGAACGUCUACCUCCUGUUGGACACAUAUAAUUUGAGAUUGGAUCACAUAAAAAAGCUAUUAGAUGAACGUUUACCAGAGGUCAAUUCGACGCCGCAUUGGAUUGAUGUGCGCGUGCAAGGCGAGGGAGGCGCAUCCACUUCGCCCACACAAUCCUCCUCCGCUGGCGGCAUACAUUUUCCGGGCGUAAUUUCGCAAUCGUCGGCGACUGGUGCCAACCUACCCGCGUGCAGUCCACAAACUUCUGCAACCGCUGGUAACUUACCUGCAUUCAACGCGGCAUCGUCUGCAAUUGGCGGCAACUUGCCAGCUUCUAGCUCUGAUUCGCAAUCCUCUGCAGGUGGUUCAAACCUCUUACCCACCAUUGCUGAGACAUCGUCCGCUGGCGGUUCAAAUCAAUUGCCAGUGAAAGGCAACGCCAUACCUCUACCCAGCACGCAAACCCCCUUGGUGCCAAGUUUAUAUGCGCCACCGUGCCCAUACUCCAGCCCAGCACUACCGUCGACUUGCGCAGAAGCGGUUGAAAGUGCGGGCGUUAAUGCCAAGAGCGGCAUCUAUCAACUUUAUCUGCCAGAUUCGGGACUGAAACCAUUCUACGCCUACUGCCAGCUGGAUGCGAAUGGUGGUCCCGCUUGGAUUGUGGUGCAGCGUCGCCAGGACGGUUCCAUUUCCUUCAAUCGCGAGUGGCAUGAAUAUCAGGCAGGAUUUGGUAACUGGAAUGGUGAAUUUUUCAUCGGCUUGGAACGUUUGCAUGGACUGACGCAUGCGCGCCUCAAUGAGCUGUGGGUGCAGAUGGAAGACUUCGAGAAUGUGUCGCGCUAUGCACGCUAUGAAAAUUUCGCAAUCGGUGAUGAGCACGAAGCGUAUGCAUUGAACGUACUAGGCAAAUUCGAAGGUAAUGCCGGCGAUUCAUUGCGUUCGAGUCAGGGCCAAAAAUUUAGUACCAAAGAUGCGGAUCACGAUAUGUGGGAUCGUAAUUGUGCUGUGGAGUAUACAGGCGCAUGGUGGUACAAAGCAUGCCAUGAUAGCAACUUGAAUGGUCAAUACUUACGUGGCAAAUACAGUAAGGACAAAUAUGGCAAGGGCAUUGAUUGGACUCACUGGCAUGGCCAUGAAUACUCGCUAAAAUAUGUACAUAUGGCUAUUAGGCCAAUACAAUUAUAAAUCAGAAGUCUGAAGAAAGAAUCGAA